UUGCAGUGGACUUUCCAUCCAUUCAUCUUGAAAAGCAAAAAGAUAUACACCGUCUUGAUAUGGUGUAGAGUUCUAGCAUUCUUAGUUGCCUGUCAGUUUCUCCGUGUUAUAACUUUCUAUUCAACUCAGCUUCCUGGCCCAAACUACCACUGCCGCGAGGGCUCUAAAGUUGCCAGGUUGCCAUGGCCCAAAAGCCCUCUUGAGGCUCUCGAGAUUAACCCUCAUGGGGUGAUGUACGGAUGUGGAGACUUGAUAUUCUCAUCGCACAUGAUAUUCACGCUGGUCUUUGUCCUCACUUACCACAAGUACGGCACUAAAAGGUUCAUAAAGCUGUUCGGGUGGCUCACUGCUUUCGUGCAGAGCCUCUUGAUCAUCGCCUCCCGUAAACAUUACACUGUAGACGUCGUUGUUGCAUGGUAUACUGUGAACUUGGUGGUCUUCUGUUUAGACAAGAAAUUACCAGAACUACCAGACCGGACUACGGUGUUGCUCCCUGUAGUGUCGAAAGUCAGAAUGAGAGAAGAGAACCACAAGCUGUUGUUGAAUGGGAACGGUGUUGAUCCUGCUGCUGACUGGAGACCGAGAGCGCAAGUGAACGGGAAGAUAGAUAGCAACGGAGUUCACACUGAUAACUCUUUGAAUGGCGCAUGAAACUCAGCACCGGACUUCAGACAAGAUCUAAUAUAUGAAAACAGCAACUCAGUGGCGUCACCAAGACGACAUAUAGGUCUGGAGGUGUGGGUAAAUUUUUGUUUAUGGUCAUUGUUCCAGAAAAGAA